UUAAAAUGUGACAUUUUUAUGAGAAUGAUAAUGAGUUUCUUUGUUGUUUUUCGUUGUUGUUGUCAAUAUUAAGCUAUCGAAUGUUAAUUCUUAAUCUCUUCAAUAAAACGAGUACAACUUUAAUGAUCAAUUACUGAUUAAACCCAUUUCAUUCCUAUAAACCAUCAUAGUAAAAAAGAAAAGAAAACAAUAAUGAAACAAGAUGAUUCACAAGAUUUAAAUACUACUUAUAUAGAAACUGAUAAUCAUUUAUAUAAAACAUUAUCAACAAUAAAAAGAAGGAACAAAAAAUAUCGAUUUGAUCCAUUUUGGAAAAAAUCAAUCAAUGAUUCACAAUCAUCUCUUCCAUAUUAUUAUUCUCAUAUAAGAUCUAGUUAUUCAUCAAAUGAAUCAAAUCAAAUGAAAUCAGAAAGUAAUCCAAGAGUUUCAAUAAAUCAUGAAUUAUUGAUGAAAUCAAAUAAAAUGAGAUCAACAUCUGUUAUAUUAUCACCUAUAACAAAACAUAAUGAAAUAAAAACAAUAAAUGAACCAUUAGUAGUUGUAAAAUAUGAAAAACAAUCACCUAUACAUAAUUUAGAAAACAUUCAUCCUAUUGUAGAUAAUCAACUUGAUAAACAUCAUGAUUAUUAUCAUCAUCAUUGUCAUGAUCGUGAUCAUUAUCAUUAUCAUCAUCAUCAUCAUCAUCAUGAUCCUCAACAAUCAAUCCAUUCAUGGAGUAAUAAAAUAAAACAUAAUUGGAGAUCAGAACCAUCUAGUUUAUUUUUGAAUUUGAAACAUAAAGAUACUUUUGAAAAUGUUCAUCAUUCAAUGAAUUGUCAAUUAAAUGAACAGAUUUAUAAUCAUUCAUUCAAUCAUUCAAAUAUUCCUUAUUUACCAAUAUUAUAUAAUAGUUUAGAUAAAAUUCAUCAUAGAACAUUUAAUUCCAUCAAUAAAUUAUAUCAUACUCAUAAUCAAUAUACUACUACUGAUGAAAACUUAGAUCAUCAUAAAGAUCAAAAUUCUAAUUCGCAUUUAUCAAAUAUUCAUUAUCAAUCUCUUCAUUAUAAUAAUAGUAAUAAUAAUAAUAAUAUAAUAAUAAUAUACCCAAAUCAUAUUAUAAUCAAUCAUUAUCAACACAUAAUAACAAUAAUAAUAUUGAUUUAUCGAAUUGUAAACAAUCAAUAA